AUGUCCUCAUCUCCCGUCUAUCCGCUUAUUUGGACUAUUAGACGAGAUAUAACGAAGAUUAUAGAAACACCAUUCUCAUGGGAGCAGCUACAAUCUCCUCAUUUAACAUACAACGUUGUUCAAAUACUAGCCUUAAAAUAUGGAUCUCUUUAUCAUGAGAACUUGGCAGUUGUAUACUGCCUACUUGUUAACAGGGUUUACUUUAUCAGCGAAUCCAGUUCUCCGACACACAUGGGUGUCAAUGCGACAAGAGCUAAUCUCUGUGAACUACUCGCAUUAAAAGUAUUACGGAUUUAUGCUGAUAAAGCAUCAUCAAAGAUAGAUUUGGCGUAUGUAUUGGCAGGUCCAUUCAGGUUGUUCCAAGGUGCAUCAGAUGAAAUAAUACAGAAAGUACUCGAUGAGGAAGGCGAAAGUGCGCUUUUUAAAGCAAGCAACGCUCUCGAAAUAGCCAUAGUAGGAAACGCUAAAAGGUUUAUAAAAAGCGCCUAUUGCCAGAAAGUAAUAAAUUCAAUAUGGAAUGGCUCCGUUGUUUACACACCCGUUAACAAACACGCAUUCAUCAGUGAUUACUACAAAGUCAAACCAAUUACGUUCUUCAAUCCCCGCCAAUCACCUCUACUAGAUCAUUAUCGCUUGAAAGUACCUCGUAUUCGCUCCAUUAUUGAAUAUGUUAACUUCUGCAUUUUAUUCGCUUUGUUUGUCUUUGCUAUUGAAUCCAAUGAGCAACACUCACUCAAUGUGAUUGAAAUUGGCUUCAUAUUCUACGCCUUGGGUUUCACAUUAGAUAAAUUAGCAAGUACUCAGGAACACGGUUGGAAGGUAUACUCAGCAAAUCUAUGGAAUGGCUUCGAUUUGCUUUUUAUCGUAGAUUUCCUCCUAUACCUCUCAUUCAGGUUAUAUGGAAUCUGGUUUGAUCAUCCUAAAUACUCACUACUGGGCUUGGACGUCUUGUCUUGCGCUGCUGCAUUGUUAUUCCCACGAUUAGCGUUCGUCACGUUGUCGAACAACUUAAUGAUAUUAUCUAUACGGGCCCUUUUCUUAGAUUUCCUAUUCCUCAUGGCACUCGCAUUUUUCUGCUUUACAGGGUUCCUCUAUGCACUAUGGACACUCGGUAGAGGUGCUUACACCUGGCAAGAAUUAGCAAAGUACAUGAUGUUCAUCUGGUUCGGUUUAGAUGGAACAGGAUUCACCAUAUCGCCAAACCUUCAUCCAAUCUUUGGACCAGCGUUGAUUGUCUUAUAUGCAUGUAUAAGCAACACAUUGCUAUUGACGGUCUUAGUAUCAAUUCUAUCAACUACAUUUGCAAAAAUAGAUGCGGAUGCAGAAGCUGAAUACAUGUUUCGGCAAGCCGUCCAAACAAUCGAGGGUGUCAAAAGUGAUGCUCUAUUUGGAUACCAGCCGCCACUAAAUAUAUUCGCAUGGCUGAUUAUGACACCAGCUAAAUGGAUAUUGACACCUCGUUGGUUCCACAAAAUCAAUGUAUUCAUGGUUAGGGCCACAGCAGCUCCAAUAUUACUUUUUAUAUCACUGUAUGAGAGGUAUGAACCUGAAACACUUCGUUCAGUACUACCAUUUUAUAAGAGAAUUCAAGCGAUUGCAGACAAGAUUGGUGACAGCUUACCACGUAAAUUGAAGAACCUCACACUUCUCGAAGGGCUUGUUGGGUCAAGCAAAGAUGUCACAAUAGCAUUUGAGUAUCAUCCAGAUGAAGGAUGGGAUGAAGAUGAAGAUGAUGAUGAUGAUCUGGAUACAUUCACCAAACCCAACGUCAGUCAGGAUGAAGUACACAGAGCGACGACAGUCGCAAGGGAACAACAUUAUGGUACAGAGGAAAAUGAAUUACAUCGACACAUGUGCGAAGAAAUCGAACAAAGACGACUUAGUCAGAUGCCAUCAAGAAAUGAAGGUAAAGCAAUGCUGUCGCCUCAAACAAUUCAGAAUGAAAGGAGGCACGAUGAGCGAGAGGAGCGAGAGGGGCUAAUCAAUGUCGGGUUGAGUAAAAGUGUAGACAGGGAUCCACCAGCCAUCCCUCCUCGAACGACGUUCAAUGACCUUGAAAAUAGCGACGGAUUAUCACACGAUGUCGUCAGUCCUCUCUUAAGUCAGGAAGAUAUGCCAGUUGGCUUACGUUCGCGAAGAAAAACAGAUGGUACGGCACUCCUGCGUUCAAAAACGCUUGAGUUCUAUGGCGAAAAUAUGAAAUCACAACGUGCACAGAAGUCAUUUACUGAUAGACCGCGUAGAAUGUCAAAUGUGGAACAUACACUGAGUCGUAACAUAGGUAGUCUCAAUAGCCCACUAGCCAAGGCGUUCUCAACAAGGCCAUAUGCCUGGAAUUAUCGAAGACCAAUGUCACAUGAAUCUAAUAUAUCUACAAAUCACAAUGGUGGUUUGAUCCCACCACGUAGAUCUCAAAGCGCUAGCACAUCACCAAAUCCGACUCAAAGUGUUUUGCAUAGCAAUGAACACAAUAGAGCCUCUUAUCAUGUUAAUGACAAGCUUGCCGCCAUAGAUGCUAGACAAGUUCGCAUGGAAGCCUUACUUGAACGACUAGCAAAAAGUGUAGAAUGGACUCCCGGUCCAUCAACCUAA